AGUCCCUGGAGCCGGUCGCGUCCUUUGUGCGGCGCUCUGCUUGCGCCGCGGGACCUUCGGACGGAAUGCGGCCCCUGGCAGAAGCUUUUCUCUUCUUGAAGAGAACUCUUGAAACAAUGGACUGUAAGAGGAGCAUGGAUUGAGGGGGGCUAACGGGGAAGCGAGCUGCACAGGGAAUCAUGACUUCUGCCGCGGAGAUUAAGAAGCCACCAGUGGCCCCCAAGCCAAAGCUUGUGGUAGCAAAUAAUAAGCCUGCUCCACCUCCUGUUGCGCCUAAACCUGAUAUUGUGAUUUCUAGUGUUCCACAGUCAACAAAGAAAACCAAACCAGCAAUAGCCCCGAAACCAAAGGUUCUGAAAGGCUCACCUGUUAGAGACAUCGGGCAGUCACCAUCAAGGAAAAUCAUUGUGAACCUGCAAGAGCAUAAACAGGAAUUACCUAAAAAUGCUGACAACUCUAAUUGUAAAAAUGUAGGGCAUCAGAGCAGCGAUUAUAUUUUACCAAUGUGCUCCUGUAAUUCUCAGUGUAUCCAUAAACUUGGGAAUAGAGAACAUGUGUGUGUAAAGCAGCUUAUCUUAGAGCCCCUGGAAAUGCAUGAAAAUUUAGAAAAUAGUAAAAUUGAUGAGUCCUCUUCAGCUAUAAAAACAAGGAGUAAAUGUGAUUCUAACUUUGAAAAAGUCAAGAGCCAGAAUGCAGUAGUUUUAAAGGCAAACAUCCUAGAAGAGAAGCUUAAAGAUGUUUUAACACAACGAGCAUCACCUUUUAUUUCCCUACAGAAGCACAGCUCCACAGACAGCCCAGAAAUGACUGAUGGCUGUAAUUCCAACAGACAAUUCAGAAUUGAGUUUGCAGACCUGUCACCUUCCCGGUCCAGCCUUGAAAAAGUUCCUGAUCAUCACCACUGCCACUUACAGAUUCCUAGUGAUGAAACUUAUCAGCAUAGCAGUGAAAAAAGCAACAGUUGCUUUCAUUCAUCUGAACGAGAAACUCUGGAAAAUGAUAAAAGAAGUACUUUUCCAUCUUCAGAUGGAGUUAGUAAGAAAUCAGAAGUCAAAGAUCUUGGUCCCUUAGAAAUUCACUUAGUACCAUAUACCCCCAAAUUUCCAACUCCCAAGCCCAGAAAGACACGGGCUGCUCGUCUGUUACGCCAAAAGUAUAUAGAUGUUCCUAGUGAAAGUACUGAAGAACCAGAGAAUUUAGACAGUAACCCUUCUUGUCCUUUAGAAGCUGGUUUGAAAAACAGUAAGAUUGGUGUUCUUCAUCAGAAUGUUUUGUGUAACCAGGAACAGGUGGACAAAGUGAAGCCAGGAAAUAAAAGUGAAUUGAAUGCGUACUGCAACAGUGACAGACAAAAUUUACUCAAUCCACAGAAAGUUAUGUGUCAUGAAACAUCUUCCUUUGACAAAAUAGAAACAGAUUGUAAUUUGAGUUCUGACACCAAGACAAUAGAUGGUUCCAGUAUGUCACUUGCUAUGGACAAAGGGACCAGUUUUAUAAGAUGCAGUACUUUAUCUAUGAGCCUGCCUAAGCAACUCAAAUUAACUUGCAAUGAACAUUUGCCUACUGCCUGUAACCUGGAAGCGUCUGCCCCUCAAAUGCAAAAAGAAUCUAUAAUAAAAGGUGAAAGUUCCUCAAGAAUUGUCCCCAAAAAACCUCAGAGACACAGCUUGCCUGCUGCAGGAGUACUUAAAAAAGCUGCCUCAGAGGAGCUGGUGGAGAAAAUUUCUUAUCCCUCAAAUGAAGAAAACAAUUCAGAGAAGGGUCUAGAAAGAAAUCACCUUCGACAUUUGUGUGCCCAAAACCAUGGUAUGUUGUCCUCCUUUGAUAUGACUAAACAGACUUCAGAAAAGCCAGUGUGGAAAUUACCUCAUCCUAUUUUACCCUUUUCGGGGAACCCAGAAUCCUUAAAAUCUGUCACCAUAUCAUCAAAUAGUGAGCCUUCAACUGCCACGACUAAGCCUAGAGCGAAAUCAUUAUCUGCUAUGGAUGUGGAGAGGUGCACUAAGCCUUGCAAAGACUCUCAAAAGAAGAACUCUUUAAAGAAGUUGCUGAACAUGAAACUGUCCAUCUGUUUCAUGAAGAGUGACUUCCAGAAAUUUUGGUUCAAGAAUAGCCAAGUUGGAGAUACAACCACAGGCAGCCUCUCAGGUGGGGAGCGGAAAGGGAUUGAAAGUGAUUGGCAUGGCACGUUGGUAGAAGAAAAGAAAAGUAAGCCCAUCAAAGCAUACUCUGCAGAUAAUUACAGCCUAGAAUCCCAGAAGAAGAGGAAAAAGUCUCGGGGCCAGACCAGUGCAGCUAAUGGACCAAGAUCUGAGUCUUUGGAUGACCAAAUGCUCUCCAGGGAGUCAUCAUCUCAGACACCUUGCAAAUCUAUUACAAGUGGCUAUGCACCAGAGUAUGAAAAUAUACGCCAUUAUGAGGAAAUACCAGAGUAUGAGAACUUGCCAUUUAUUAUGGCUGUAGGGAAAACUCCCGAGUUAGAAUGGCAAAAUUCCAGAAGCAUGGAGGACACCGAUGCAAAUGUGUAUGAGGUAGAAGAGCCAUAUGAAGCUUCAGAUGGCCAGCUGCAACUUGAAUCCAGACAUCAGCAUUCCAGUUCUGGAACAUCCCAGGAGGGACACAAUGAUCUUGACCUUGGUCUUGGUGAACUUCCUUCAGAUGAGGAAGAAGACCUCAACAGUUCUGACGAAGAUGAUGUCAGUUCUGAUUCUAGUAAAGGGGACCCUGACCUGGGAGACAAACAGCCACGAAGGUUUUCAAAGGAUGAAGAUACUGGAAUGAAAAGUAAAGUCCAUCAUAUUGCCAAGGAGAUUAUGAGCUCAGAGAAAGUGUUUGUGGAUGUGUUAAAACUUUUGCAUAUUGAUUUCCGAGAUGCAGUGGCCCAUGCUUCCAGGCAACUUGGGAAACCCGUGAUUGAGGACCGGAUCCUAAAUCAGAUCCUGUACUACUUGCCUCAACUGUAUGAGCUCAACCGGGAUCUCCUGAAGGAACUGGAGGAAAGGAUGUCAAACUGGACUGAACAACACAGAAUUGCUGAUAUCUUUGUAAAGAAGGGACCAUAUCUAAAAAUGUACUCCACAUACAUCAAAGAAUUUGAUAAGAAUAUAGCUUUGCUGGAUGAGCAGUGCAAGAAGAACCCAGCAUUUGCUGCUGUUGUUAGAGAAUUUGAGAUGAGCCCACGCUGUGCUAAUCUGGCCCUCAAGCACUACCUACUCAAGCCAGUUCAGAGGAUCCCCCAGUACAGGCUGCUGCUGACAGAUUAUUUGAAAAAUCUUCUAGAGGACUCUGGAGAUUUCAGAGACACUCAAGAUGCCCUUGCUGUUGUUAUUGAGGUAGCCAACCACGCCAAUGACACCAUGAAGCAAGGGGACAACUUUCAGAAACUUAUGCAAAUUCAAUACAGCUUAAAUGGACACCAUGAAAUAGUGCAACCUGGACGGGUUUUUCUGAAAGAGGGAACUCUGAUGAAGCUGUCUCGGAAAGUCAUGCAGCCCCGAGUGUUUUUCCUGUUUAAUGAUGCCCUGUUGUAUACAACACCGGUGCAGUCUGGGAUGUAUAAACUGAACAACAUGCUCUCAUUGGCUGGAAUGAAGGUCAGAAAACCUACCCAAGAAGCGUAUCAGAAUGAACUAAAGAUUGAAAGUGUAGAACGUUCCUUUAUCCUUUCAGCCAGUUCUGCCACAGAAAGGGAUGAAUGGCUAGAAGCGAUUUCCAGGUCAAUAGAAGAGUAUGCCAAAAAAAGAAUCACAUUCUGUCCUAGUAGGAGUCUUGAUGAGGCUGAUGCAGAAAAUAAAGAGGAAGUUAGUCCUCUUGGAUCAAAGGCUCCCAUCUGGAUCCCUGAUACCAGAGCCACAAUGUGUAUGAUCUGCACAAGUGAAUUUACUCUGACCUGGCGACGACACCACUGCCGGGCCUGCGGAAAGAUUGUAUGCCAAGCUUGUUCAUCAAAUAAGUAUGGUUUAGAUUACCUGAAAAAUCAACCAGCAAGAGUAUGUGAACACUGUUUCCAAGAACUGCAGAAACUAGAUCACCAGCAUUCUCCUAAGAUUGGAUCUCCUGGAAAUCACAAAUCUCCUUCAAGUGCCUUAUCAUCAGUCUUACAUAGUAUUCCAUCAGGGAGGAAACAGAAAAAAAUCCCAGCUGCUCUCAAGGAAGUAUCAGCAAAUACAGAAGAUUCUUCCAUGAGUGGCUAUUUGUACAGAUCAAAGGGCAAUAAAAAACCCUGGAAACACUUGUGGUUUGUCAUAAAAAAUAAAGUGCUGUAUACAUAUGCUGCAAGUGAGGAUGUGGCAGCUUUGGAGAGUCAGCCUUUACUCGGAUUCACUGUCACUCAAGUCAAAGAUGAGAAUUCAGAGUCUAGAGUGUUCCAGUUGCUGCACAAAAACAUGUUAUUUUAUUUGUUCAAAGCAGAUGAUGCUCACUCAGCUCAGAAGUGGAUAGAAGCAUUUCAGGAAGGCACAAUAUUGUAGUGAUACUGGUUUCAUCUCUUCUGUGAUUUCACGUGGUGGAAUUUCAUCAGAAUGGAGUAAAUGCAGUACAAAGAUUGUAUAUAAAUGAACACUGCCAAGAAAAUCCAGCCAAAAUCUUCAUCAAAUAUUAGAAAUUAUUUUGUUGGGUAUAAGGGGUUUUUUUUUGAAUGUUUGGUUUUUCAUGUGUGUUAUUUAUUAAAUUUUGAUGUUUACUUAAUUGUCAGAAUUAUUUCUGAGACUCACACUGAAUUCUAAAGUACCUUUUCUUUAGAAACCAGAAAACUUAUCUUAAUACUGUAUACUGUAUUAACCGUUUGUGACACAGAUUUCUCCAUGUGUUUAUAGUGUUUCAUUGUAACAUUCUCACCUGAGGUAAUAAGUCUUUGUAAAUACAAAAAUACACAUCAAGGAGAAAAUUUCCAUGCAGUGUUUGGUUUAGAAAUUAUUAUAAAACUGCUGAUAGAAAAAAAAUGUAUGUUUUUGAAUCAAUGAACUUACAUGAAUUUUUGUAUCUUUUAAUGGAAAAAACACGUGGCCAACUUCUACCUCAGCAACUGUGAAAUGAAAUUCCAGUAAAUUAUCUAGAGUAUUUCUGUUAUACCUCUUUUGGCAUGAGAUAAUGUUACAUCAUCAAGGAAUUAUAGCAAAGGGAUAGAUUCUGAAAGUUUUCAUUGAACUGAGCUAUGAGUAGUAGGAAAGAGGAUGUUUUCAUUUGCAGAGGAAUACAAAUAAUUAACUCUGUGGUCUUUCUAUUAAGUCUAAUCCUUUUUUUAAAGCUAGAAACAUAACUGUAUUAUUUUUUUAAAGCAAAAUAUGGUAAGCAUCAUAUUCCACAAUAUCCUUUGCUAUUAUAAGUGUUCUGAGCCCAAGUCAGUGGUGGUGGUUGCAUCUAAAUGUUCCAUUUCCUAUAAUAUUGUGCUUUAAAAAAUGAACUGGAAUUACCAUAUCAAACAAAAAAAAAAAGCACAUAUUCUAAGCCAGUGUUUACUGAAAUUGUAUUCAUUUUUUAAAGGUUAUUUAAUACUACUUUGUGUUAUGUCCUCCCUGGUAAUUAAAACAAAUCCUUUAUUUCUGUAACCAGUUGCCAAUGCGCACCUCAUUAGGAAAGAAUUAUAUUCAUAAUUCGGGUGCACUUACUACUAACGUGAACUGCUUUGUACAUAAAAUUGUUGAUGAAUAGAGUCUGAAAAAUGAAAUUCACACAGUGAUUAAAGUCAUUCUUGAUGUUCAUAAUUUA